AGUCCAAUAUCUGACGUCACCCUAAUCAGUGCGUGGCAAUUCGGAAGUCUACAAGUCUGGCAGAUCAAGGCGAAGCACAUCUGGAGAAGAGAGUGACGGAUUAAAGGACUGCGAUUCAGAAGACUAAACUCGAUUUGUCUAGAGGAUGCAAAAUAUACGACGAAUCUGUCGAUGUCUAUACCGGGAUAUCCUCUUGGCUGUUUUAAUACAUCAACGGUACUAGCCAGUGCAAGCUAACGGUUCGUGUCGUCAGGCUGCGCAGGAAUGGAUCAGUCCAUAGCAAUCCAAGAAACUCUUGCCGAAGAUGAGAACUGCAUUAUAAUAGCUGCAGCAGUAACAUAAGUUGUAGCCUACUUGCGGGGGAAAUUGCCUGGGGCGAGGCCUGGGAGUUGAAAGCUGUCAUCGUGCAAUUCGAAACACACGGCAAGUCACAUCCAGUUAGGCUACAAGUCACAGAAGUAGCUGUUGUCACUAUAAUGUGUACGAAAUAGUGACUCUAUUGCAUUUGCGUUCUCAAAACGUCUUUCUCUCAACUUCGAGAAAUGAGUGCCACCCACGUAAUGUAGCGUGUGAGCAUGCUCAGGCAAAGAACAAAAAGCAUCUACUUCAAAAUCUGUCCACAUGGUGGAAAUCUAGGGCCAUCUAGUCUGUGCUGACACCGGAUGAAAUGCAGGUUAAUUUAUGAUUUGUUGAUUCACGUCAUUGUUCAUACAUUGUACGAUACUUUAAUGUUCUCCUUAACUUGUCUGCACCAUGCGGUCCAAUGUUUCAUCCUUGUUAAUAAUGCCACUGAAAGCAGACUUUUGGGUUUAGUGGAACGUUCCAAAGAGCAUGCGCUGUUUGUGUAUGCACAUUGCCGAAUGGCAAUCACUGGAGAUGAUGUCAGUUUGGAUGGGAUCAUUCCUAUUUCGUAUGAUUUUGCUGUUGUUGAAGUUUCUUCACCAGAUGAACUAGCUGUUGUUGGUGCUGACACCAGGCUGAGAGUAACCUUUCUCAGUGAGGAGCUGGAACUGAGGCUCCCCUUUGGUUCGCACACACGCCUCUUCCUCAGUGAGGUCAACAAGGCAUGGAGCGAUGUCUGCCAACAAUACCCAGCUGCAGCACCCAGGUUUGAGUGGUUGGCAAAGUAUCGUCGCAAAGUAACAGCAACCAGAGGCUCUCUGAAGCAGUCCCUAUCUCUUGUGGAGCCAUUGUCCAAGUUGGGCCACAACAAGAAAACAGAGAGAUCCUAGGCUGCCUGCAGAGACGCGGUGUUUUGACG